AUGGCAGCAAAACGUUUCAAUACAGCACGUCGACGAAUACUUCAAAAUGCUACAGUCGAUGUUCUAGCUGUUGUUUCAGGGAAAUUAACACGGAUUCCUCAAGAUCACAAUUCCGUGGAGUCAACCUAUGUUGCGGAUGAUAAUUUCCCUCCUCGAAAUCCACCAAAACGUCUCAAGAAAUCGGUCAAAUUACCCGAUGGGGAGAAGAAGGAUGAUAUUGAUGAAGCAAAAGAUCAGAAUUCCGUUGUUGCCACUCUUAAUGCCAUCCUGAAUUCUCUGUCAGAAAUUUCAGAAAAGCUGGAUGCUUUUAAAGAAACGAGGGAUACUACUCAACAAAGUGCAAGUACAAAUUUAUCAAUGCCACCACCAUCUGGAUCGCCUGAUGAUGAUGGCCAGAAGAUGAAUGUUGAUCCAUUAAUAAUCACUAGUUUCUGGAAAUCAGAUGAUCAAAUACUUCGAGAAUGCGUGGAAGCUCUUAAUGCUGUUGAGCAUCUCAGUCCGUUACUCUAUGGGAAAGCAUAUAGGGCGAUACUUGGUAUGAAGGAUUUCAGAAAGAUGUUCUUGUUGGUUCCCAACGAUAGGAAAAAAAAUCUAAUUAAGGAGUACUAG